AUGAGCAGAUUUUCUCAGCUUGCUGGGUCUUCUGAUCUACAAAAACAAUCGUGGGAUGUAAAAUCAACCUCGGAACUCUGUCCGGGGGAUGAAAAUAAUUGUUCAAAUUCAAUUAAAAAAUCAAAGGAUAGAAAAUCUCGUGCUUCAAAGCGUUCGACAGAGUCCAUUCAAUCGCGUUCCACUGAUACUGCUUUAAAAAACGAUAUCGAUGGUUUGUACAUUGAACCGUGUGGAUUUCGUAAUGUAAGAAAUUCGUGUUUCCUUAAUGCCUCUCUCCAACUCUUACUCAAUAUUCCAACUUUAUGUUCAACUUUGUAUAAAUUUCGCGGUAUAUGCGUUUCUUCAGCUGAAUCCGCUUUCCAUGCUUCAGGCGUUCAAGGAAAGAAAACCCCUUUGACAGAUCAAUUGUUAGAAUUAAUUGAAAAACUCAAUCCACAAGUAGUGGAGAACGAAACCAUACUAAAUAAUACUUCCCAAUGUUAUAAUGGUUAUGGUAAUAAAAAUGAUAAUAUUGAUAAUAAUGUCAUUCAUGCAAACAAAACAAGAGUGGGCAGCAAUCCGAAUAGUCCUGUUCCCUCGACUUAUAAAUUGUCACAGUCCAAUGGUGUACAACCAUUCAUGCUAAAACAUUUGAUUACACCAAACCCAAUUUUUGGAAAAUUGCUUCAUAUGAACACAGGUUUUCAAGAAGAUGCCGCUGAAUGCUUGACUUAUCUGCUUACACAAUUACAUGAAGAACUGGGGUGUACAGCGGUAGCUAAGAGUACAGAUGUACAUCUUUUGAAUGAUACAGAUCAAAGUCAAAAUGAUUCAGAAUGGAUAGUUACUGGUCGAGCUGGCAAACACUUUCCAGAAGCUAGAAAAAUAGAACUUGAUGGUGGUCAAAGUCCUAUUGCUUCAUUAUUUUGUGGUACACUUGUAACUCGUUCUAAUCUAAGCAAAUCAGAUAGUAGUUACAAUGUUCAUAAUUAUUCAACUGUAAAUAGUCAUGCCAAAAAAUCUGCUAUCAAAGAACCAUUUUUCAUGCUUCAUGUACCUAUAGACAAUCCUCUAGUUAAUUCCGUUGAAUCAGCUUUACGGUAUUUAGCUGAACUUGAAGUAAUAACAGAUUAUCAUAAUUCUUCUGAUUCUCAAAUAUCAUUGGUACAUCGUCGAUCAAUGAUAGAUCGUCUUCCACCGUACUUAAUUAUACAAUUGAAACGAUUUUAUAAUGAAUCUAAGGUGAAAAAUGUACAAAAUAUCAAUACAUCUGUAAAUAAAUUUAACUCUAUUACAUCACAAACAUCUGUAAUUAUUCGUAAACAUUUGAAAUCAGUUAAUAUCCAAUCUAAACUUCUUAUACCAAAAGAACUUUUAAAUCAAGAAACACAUUUCAGUCAUUCACAACGUAAUUAUCGUCUUCAAGCUGUUAUAUUUCAUGUUGGUGAAACAGUUGAAUCAGGUCACUAUACAAUUGCUGUGUGUAUAACUAAUCCCCUGAAAAAAUCAAACAGCAACUCUUCCACAUUUAUCUAUUUUGAUGAUGAUCGUGCUUGUGUGUUAAAUAACGCAGAAAGUAUAAAUCUCCUACUAACCACACAUCAUCCAUUAGAUACAAAAAAUUGUGUAUUCCUUCAUUUGAAAAAACCAAAAACAUUUCAAACUAAUCCUGAACACGUAAUAACAUCAUCAUCAUCAUCUAACCAACAUCACAGUGCAUUAAACGUUUCUAUCAAUCAUCCACGCACACCGUAUAUUCUUCUCUAUGAAUCCCAAAUAGGAGUUCAUUCGGACACAUGA